UGGCAAUGGGUUUGGUUUUUCAGUUUUUAGCUGGCCAAUUGUUCUGCUCACAGGCUCUGGAAAAUAUGGAGCAGCUUGUGAGCAGGGCAGGACUCUAACAGGAAAUCCACCAAGGUUUGGUUUUUUUUUUUAGCAGAUGGACACUGGGAAGGAGUAGGUUUGGGUGGGGCAUGAAAAUGGCUGCUUAAAUGAUCCAGCUUCAAGAACAGGCCUUUCCAGAUAUCCAGGGACACUAUUUUAUUUAAAGCUCAAAAACUACUAAAGGCUGAAUGGCAUACCUUGGCUCCAAGUUCAGUUUGCCUCUCACAAUUAAGGAGGUUUUCUUCUCUGCCAUUGGGCUGCUAGGGAUACUGGAACCUGUUUUCUGGCAGUCAGUGGACCAUAAACAUACUUUCUGGGCUCACAAAAAGCCACAGGUACUCUCCCCUUGCCAACAAAUGUCUGCUGGUGUGAAUUCACAGAACUAUUAGAUUUAACUUUGGGCAAGUUCGGGAUGAAAAGAUCCAAAGUUAUACGUGCUGACGUGGCGCCCAGCCCCAAACUAGGAAGGAGCACACGGUCCGGUCAAGGAGGAUGGGAUUCUGCACUCAGAUUUCUGGAGCACCUUCCUGCAUUUUUGGAGGGUGAAGGAAUAUACCUUUAUUUCAGUCAACCUCUGCUCAUGUCCCGCAUUCACCCAUCCAAGAAUUCAAGUCCCUUCUUUAUCUUAUCAGGGAGUUUUGGGGGACCAUUCCCAACUCAGCUACCACAGGUGGGAGCGAAGAGAUAUGAAUUAGAAGCCCAGAUCACCAACCUCAGUCUGCAGCUUUCUUGGAGGUGUGUGUGUAUGUGUGUGUGAGAGAGAGACAGAGAAAGGAUGAAGGUUGGGAGCUUCCGGGGACUCUAUUACCCACGAAGUCUUGGGGCGUUGCUCCUGCUCAGAUCUGGCAGCCUCUGCUGCUAGACUUACAUGACUUGCUACUAGUUGUCCCUGUUCUUCUGGUGGCCUAUUUCAAUGAGGCAGAAAGGCAAGGAGAGAGACUUUCCAGAACUCAGAGGUCUGAGCCCUCAGUUUCUUUUGCCAGAACCCUCGGUAUUGGAUUCCAAACAACGCUUCCCUCAAGGACCUUGGCAUCCAGCCCCACAGACUAGAGAGGGAAGGUGAAGAGUGAGCUGACUACAAUUCUUGAACUACAUUUCCCAUAAUGCUGUGAAGUUGGCUGAAAUGAAAGUACAACCAGAAGGUGAAUACACCACCACUGCCAGAAAGAUUGAGAACUGGAAAAUAAACUCUCUAGCUGCUCGGUUGCUGCCUGGAGAACGUGACCCCAGGGCCUUCUGGGAGUCGUAGUCCUAGGGCUAGAAACAGCCGCUCCCUGCGUUUUAUUAGCUCGACGCCAAGGUUUCAAAGAAGGCAUGUAGCCGGAAGCCUGGGUCCUGGGGCCAAGGAAGGGGAGAUGUCAGGUCCUGGGAAACAGGAGCAAGCAGAGGUCUUCCCCUCGGUAGACGACUAGAAAGCUCUUGCUUGAAAAGACGGUCGCCUCUGUGACGUCAUGACGCGAUAGGCGAGACCCAUCUUUGUUGUGGUCCAAUCAGGUUCAGAGUUGGGCUUCUGGGCGGGGCCCAGAUAUCUUGGGAAUUCCGGAUCCCGACGUGGAAAUUAAACUGGAGGCCGCGGGAGCUACUUGUAGAGAAGCGCGACCCGUGACUCAGACCCCAAUCGAAAAGCCCCAGAUACCACGCACCCUACCUCACCCUCACCCUCACCUCCGACAAAAUCCUUCAUUUUAGUCGUGGGAAAAUAAUAGAAGGACGUGGCACGGGAUUCUCUAAAAGUCCGCGGAGCCUGGACUUCGCUUUUCAGCGAACCGUAGUGUUGGCGGGCAUAACAGGGACCCAAGGUCAGGCAGCGGUUUUUGAGGGUGCAUGGGAAUUCUUCACUUCCUAAGAAUAAGGGUGCCCCCGCAAGUUGGGGGUCCCUUACUCUUGGAGAAGGGUGGACAAGGGCCCCCUGGGUUUGGAAGACCGUUUGUUGGGUGAUCAGGUUUUGGGGGCUUGGGGUGCAUUUAAUUUGAGGGAAUUUUGAAUUCGAUAAUAUCCUGGUUGGUUUUAUAUUGGCUGGUUUAUUUGGUUUGGACGGUGAGUUUUCAGCCGGAGGUGCAACAGGCUUUGGAGGUUUGGGAGGCUCUCAGUGUUGAUCCAAGGAGCUCUAGUGGCGCUAACAGUUAAGCGCUUGGCAGCAGACCAGAAGGUUGGCGGUUUGAACCCACCUAGCAGCUCCGCGGGAGAAAGGCCUGGCAAUAUGCUUUCAUAAAGAUUAUAGCCAAGAAAACCCUAUGGGGCAGUUCUAGUCUGUCACAUGAGGUCGCCAUGAAUCUAGUCGGUUCUACUGCAGGUAACAACAACAACCACAGCAAUGUCCAUCGACUUAAUGUUGGAGGUUCAGGAUGACAUCAGUUUGAGGAGUUGGUGGUCUCUGGUGUGGGUAUUGGGAAAGACUGCAUGGGAUGGGGGUUCUUCAGUUUGAGGACUGGUGAGUACCUCUUGUUUAAUAGGUCUCUCAUUUGAGAGUCAAUGAGGACCCUAAAUUUGGGGACCCCUGGAUUGACGAUUCAAUCAUAUUCCCCACUUUGGAGGUAUCUGAUGAAUAUCAUCUGUUCUGCAGUUUGGGGACUCCAUGGAUAAGGGGCUCAGUGGGGUGUACUGAAAUGUGUUUUGGCCUUUUUCCAUUUAGCGUUUGCCUCUUCGGUUUUCAGUGAGAGGACCCUCCCUGGGGCGAGAGGGAGGGGGGUCUACGCGGAUCACGCUCUCAGGCCACAAUGGGACCACAGUGCCCCCUACUGGUGGUGGCCCUGGCCAGUUGCCUGCUUCCUGCCCCUGGCUGUAUCAUCUGUGAGCCCUCGGUAGUGGCGGGGCUGAAGAGCUUGAUGACAGAUUACCUGCCUAACCACCUGCCACCGGAGGCUCAGGAAAGCCUGAUGAAAAGGGUAGAGGCCGCAGUGCGGGAUUUCAAGGAACUGCCGAAGGAUGAUGAAACCUACAUGGGGGCUGUUGAUGAGCCCACACUGCAAAAGGCAUCCUGGAGUUUUCUGAUGGAUCUGAAACGCAUCAUGGACACUGGGGUAGAAGGUGAACUCUUCAUAAAAGAGCUAUUCUGGAUGUUGCACCUGCAAAAGGAGAGCUUUGCCCAGCAGUCUGCUCAUUUCCUAAGAGAAUUUUAUUGUCCCAAUAAAUGUGGUUUGAUGUUGCAGACUCUCAUCUGGUGUAAUAACUGCGAGAAGGAGGUUCACGCUUGCCGGAAGUCCAAAGAUUGUGGGGAGCGCCAAGUCGAGGUCCAGCAAAUGGAAGACAUGAUCCUGGACUGUGAACUCAACUGGCAUCGCGCCUCUCAAGGCCUCACUGAUUACAGCUUUUACAGGGUUUGGGAGAACAAGACUGAGACCUUGGUGUCCAAGGGGAAAGAGCCCACCCUGGCCAAGCCCAUGGUGGGUCCAGAAGAUGCAGGCACCUACCGCUGCGAGCUGGGCACUGUGAAAAAGAGCCCAGCCACAAUCAUCCAUUUUCGCGUCAAAGUUUUGCCCAGAAGAAUCCAGGAGGAAGCACUGCCACAGACCACCACAGCUCCGGGUGUGAUAACCACAAUCCAUCAACCGCCCUAUCCCGACAAGAUGCUGAAACGCCAUCUCAUAUGGCUGCUGAUCUCGGGCACUGCAGUGGUGACAGCCGGCACUGCGACCGUGUGAGCCGCCUGCUGAAGGAGGCGGGGCUUGGAGUGAGGGGCGGGGCUUCCCGCCACCUGGAGCAGGAGGGAGUCUAGGAGCCACUGAGUACUGAGAGCAACACUUCAACUCGGGUGGGGCUUAGAUAAAAGAGUGGGGCUUACUUAGAAGAGGGGGUACUUGGGAGAGAGAGCCUUGGGUGAUUGCUAGAAUACAGUCAUGUUGAGGGGCUGGGAGGGGUACCCUCACUCAAGACCUAACCUGGUUCCACUAUUUGCAUAAUAUCCCAGGAUAUUUUUCCUUCGACCUCGGAAGGAACGGGAUUCCUAAAAGCCCUCCCGGUUCCGCUUUGGCAAGGGACCUGCACAACACCCUCAGGUUCCAAAUCAAAAGAUCACGGUCUCAAAGAAACAAUAAAGAUUUAUUUUGUUGUCCAAGUAUCUGACUCACUCCUCCAGACUGCUCCUAACUUUUGGUUCCCAGAGAGGAGAGGUCUGAGGAUGGUCUCCUGUCUGAGGGAGGAGGGGCUGGGCACCAGGAUGCCUGGGUCCUGGAGGG